GAGCGUACGAAAAUUUGGACAGCGAUCUGAGCUCAAAGAUGGCGGGUACCUCCGACCCUCUGGAAGAUAUGCUCUUCUCCGAGGUGGAUGAGAAGGCUGUGAGCGACUUGGUGGGAUCGCUGGAGUCGCAGCUUGUCGGCCAGAGCAAUCCGUCAGCUCCCCAUUCGGAUUCCCGGAGCACUGGGUCCACAGGCACCGCCAAUCAUCACUUGGGCAGGACGCUACCUGCUCCACCGGUGGACAGUGUAGCGGAGCAGCAGCAGCAGCAGCAGCAGCAACAGCAGCAGCAGCAACAACAACAAGGACAUAAAGCUGCGAGAACGUCGGAGCCCAACUCGAGAGAACCCGCCACAGAAAAGACGCCGAGCUCCGCCGGCGCCGCUCCGCCUUUCGGAGACCCUUCCAUCACUUCGGGCUCCGCGGUCAGCGCUAGCAGCAGCGGUUUGCAGCCACAUGGAGCAUCUAACGUGACAGCGCUGUGCGCGUCCGCUCCGGGAACUUUGGCUCCUGCGCCGGGCAGCCGGGGGACCGUGUCGGGGUCAGCGGGGACAGCGGGGACAGCGGGGACCGCGGCGGGGACAGUGGGGGCAGCGGCCGUGUCUGCGGACAGCGAGCCCCUGAAUAACCACCUCGCUCCGGCCGCCAGGACUCCGAGUCUGAACGGGGACGGUGGCGGGCUGGUCACGCUGGGGGACUCCCCUCCGAGCGCCGCGGCUCCGGCCGAGUCGCCUGCCCCUCGGCCCGCCGCCGCUGCCCCCCCGGGCGCCCACAGGACCCCCACCAUCGCCCUGCAGCGGCUGCCCGGCCACAUCCUGGCCACGAUCGCGCAGAACGGCACGGGAACCAUCAUGUCCACGCUGGUCCCGCAGAGCACACGGACGGUCCCUCGGAGCGCGGAACCCGCCCACGCCAAGCCGGACUCCAGCGGACCGAGCAAGGCGGUGAUCCCGAGCGCUCCGGGCGCGGCCACCGCGGCCACCACGGUCACCACGGUCACCUCGGCCACCGCUGCCACCGUUGCCACCCCUCCAGCUGCCCCGCAGAACCCGCCCCCGCAGAAGGUUCCCGUGUCCAGCGCAUCUCCCGCAGUCUCGAGCCCCGCGGCGGCGAAACCGAGCGCGCCGGGACCCCCGCUGGUCAGCACCACCGUAGGGGUCGUGAGGCCGGGGACUCCCGCUCCUUCCCUCGCCGUGGCCACGCCCACGCAACCCACGCAGCCCACGCCGCUCCGGCCCGGACUGAGCUCCACUCAGAGGAUCGUGACCCCGCAGUUGAUAGUUAGACCCCCCCAGCAGCAGACCACCAUUCAGCUUCCCCCGGGCUUCACCAUCCCACCCGGCAUGGUGCUGGUGCGCACGGAGAUGGGGCAGCUGGUGAUGGUUCCUCAGCAGGCCCUGGCCCAGGCCCAAGCUCAAGCCCAAGCUCAAGCCCAAGCUCAAGCUCAAGCCCAGAGCCAGGGUCACAACAGCAUCUCUCCAAGACCCGUGACCCCGACCACAGGAGCAACCUUCAGAAUGGCCACCACGCAGGUACAGUCUCCUGUGAGCUCCCAGGCCAUCCGACCAUGUCCACCGGUCCAGGCCAGGAUAGCGCACCCCCCCGCUCCCGCCGCCAGCCCCGCCCUCCAGAAGGCAUCUGUGACUGGGGGACCCGUGGCAGCUCCACAGCAGCCCCCUACGGUCAUCACAGGGGGGCAGAGCGCCCCCCAGGCCCAGCCGCAGCCGGCCCCCCAGCCGGCCCCGCCCGCCCAGACCACCACUCCGGCUGUCCCCGCGAGUCCGGGCCCCGGGGCCCCUGUGGUCUCCCAGGAGAUGCAAGAAAAUGUGAAAAAGUGCAAGAACUUCCUGGCCACCCUGAUCAAGCUGGCAUCCCACAACUCGCCCUCUCCAGAAACUUCGAAAAACGUCAAAGCGUUGGUCCAGGAUCUAUUGGACGCCAAGAUUGAACCUGAAGAAUUCACCAGUCGUCUGCAGACGGAGCUGAAGUCCUCCCCCCAGCCGUACCUCGUUCCCUUUCUCAAGAAAAGCCUACCUGCCUUGCGACUGUCACUGCUCAGCAGCCAGCAGUCCUUGACACAGCCACCCCCGCAGGUGAAGCCUGCCCCGGGGGUGCCGCUGGCAGGUGCCAGCACCGUGCCCACCAUUGUGGCCGGACCCACCGUGAGGGUGCGCCAGCCCAACAGUGGCACGCUGCCCGCUGUCCUGCCUGGGGCUGCCCACGGAAACACAGCAACCCUGGGAAUCAAGAGAGCAGUCACUCAGGGGGCGCAGGUCGGAAUGCCCAUGGUGGUCACACAGACUGUGCGAGCGCCAGGCGUAGUUGGGAAGGGACCAGCAAUACCAGCAACAAAAAGUCCCGUGGGCAUGGCUGCUCAGGUCUCCGCAAAUGUGAAAAAUAAGCUGAACGACCCCGGAGGCGGUUCUUUCAGGGACGAUGACGACAUCAAUGACGUGGCGUCCAUGGCUGGGGUGAACCUGAACGAAGAGAGCGCCCGCAUCCUGGCCACCAACUCCGAGCUGGUGGGAACGCAGAUCCGCUCCUGCAAGGACGAGGCCUUCCUGCCGGUGGGACUCCUCCACCGGCGCAUCCUGGAGACAGCUAAGAAGUUUGGGGUGACGGAGGUCCCAGUGGAGGCCGUCACCUUCAUCUCUCAUGCCACCCAGGCCAGAUUACGGAGCGUGCUGGAGAAGGUGUCCACCAUCGCCCAGCACAGAAUGGAGACGUGUAAAGACGACGAGUGGUACGAGCAGUCAACGGACGUGCGGUCGCAGCUGAAGUUCUUUGAGCAGCUCGAGAGGCUGGAGAAGCAAAGGAAGGAUGAGCAGGAGCGAGAGAUCCUGCUGAAAGCUGCAAAAAGUCGCUCGAGGCAAGAGGACCCAGAGCAAGCUCGGCUGAAACAAAAAGCUAAGGAGAUGCAGCAGCAGGAGCUGGCACAGAUGAGGCAGCGGGAAGCCAACCUCACGGCACUGGCUGCCAUCGGGCCACGGAAGAAGCGCAAGCUGGACUCCCCCACGGUGUUGUUAACAGGGACUGAGGUCCCGGGGAGUUCGACGGGCUUGCCGGCCGGCUGCUCCACCCCGAGCGCCUCCUCCCGCCAGUACGCCCGGCAGCGCAUCACCCGCGUCAACCUCAGGGACUUGAUCUUCUACAUGGAGCAGGAGCGGGAGACGGCCCGCUCUCUACUGCUCUACCGCGCCCUGCUCAAGUAGCCUUCCUUGCCUGCUCACUCUCUGACAUCACUCUUGGAAUGUGCCUUCAAUAGGGUUUUUUUGUUUUUCUACAGCUUUGUCCCAGUGUCUCUGUUGUGACCUUAAUAUUGCUUUAAUAAAAAGCUAAAUAAAUAAAAAAAAAAAUAAAUAAAAAUAAAGUGAUUGUGUCUCCACUGUUGUAGCUCCAAACAAAAAAUAAUUAAAUAAAAAAAAGAAAUGUGUUUAGAGUGUUAAAGAAGGUCAUGCAAAGUCUAGGGUUGAGUCAAAGAAUGGAUUUUGCACUUGUGCUCGUGUGGCUACGAGAGCUAGCGUGCGUUGUCUUGGUUACGUGUUUAUUCCAGGCCUCUCGACUGUUUUACUGAGCAAAGCCCCCAAACAGAGAACAAGCACUUUUUCGUUAAAAGCACCACAUGCAGAAAUUUUGCUGCAGCCUAUGGCUGAUAAUAAGGAGCUCUCUUGCAGUUCAGGAAUAUAUAAUACGGAUAAAAUCUUUGAAGGCACCAUAAUAUUAUAUUUCAACAAGAAUGGCAGCGUAACAGAUCCAGUACAUUUAAAUGUAAAUAUUUAAUCCGUACCGCAUGUACGAUACUUUACUACCUAUGUAAUAUUUUUGCAUCAAAGCAAUUUUUCCGAAUCGCGCGCGCAUCUUAUCGGUGAAAACCUUUUGUGUCGAAGUUAUGUCCAUUGUACGAGGUCCGGAUUGUAUGGUUUGCCCUGACGCAUAUCGGGCGCAGUCUGCGGUUGAUCCCCGUGUGCAGAGCACAUGCGGCGGGACCCAGUCAUGGGAGUCCAACCUUCAUCGUUCCCUGUUGUCCAAUUCAGGGGAUUUUAGAAAUUCUAAGGACAAUUUUAUGUCAUUUGCCAGACUGUUAAAUGAUUCAACAUUUGCUACACUUGAAAUAAUUUUACGGGAAGGAUUUUGAGCACGAUAUCCGGAGGACAGGUGCUGGGUAAGCCUCCAAAACCUGCCGAUGCUUUCAGCGGCCCCUCAGUGACCCCCUCUUCCUGAAUGUCUCCAGUCCUACAGCUGCUUUUCAUCAAGGAUCCUUCGACGGGAGCUUUAAAGCCAGGGAAAUUAAGUUGUUUUCACUAAUUGGACUUUUAUCGGAGGUUUAUUGUUUUCCCCGGCCAGGGUCACCAGCGUCAAAGGAGUAACCGCAGUCGCGCUGGACGAGCGAGCAGACGUGGUGUGGUCAACGCUCCGGCUGCGUAUGUGUGUUAGGCGGGCGCCUCGCAGUACCUAGUGUUAACGUCUUGUCCUUUACCAUCUCUUUACCACCCAACCCUAGUUUGCUUGGCCUUUUUUUAAUUUCAACUGGAGCCUCUUACGUCUAUGCAGCUACUGUGUCUCUUAAUAGUGUCGUUUGGUAAUUUAUCCGUUGACAUUUUCCAGGUGGCUUUAGAAGUUAACGUGCAUUGAUGGUUUGUUUGUUUGUUUGUUUGUUUGUUUGUUUUUAUCAGCACCACACCUAAGUUUUUGAAUGUGUAUUACGAUUUUGAAAAGAAAACUGUUUUACUAAUGUACAUUUCGAAACCUGUUUUGUUCAGAACAUCAAGCAGUAUUGUCUAUAGUUGUUAAAGGGAAACUUGUUUUGUAACUAUUUAUAAUUCCUGUUUUCUUUUUCAUUUGUGCAAAGCGGUUUUAUGUUGGUAAGGUACCAUCACGGGGGGGAUAGAAAAUUAACAAAAUAAUUAAUUUAAAAGAAGCACAAAUAGACUUAUUUGUCCAAUGGUUUAAGACAAUAACUUUAAUAAUUAUUUUUAUGUUUUCUGAUAAAAAAAAAAAAAAAAAAAUGCCAGAGAAAAUUUCUACUCCAUCAACUUUUUAGCCAAAAGAUUAAUAGGAAGGUUUUACUGACAGA